CAGCCCAUCACUAGCGCCGUUGUCUAGCUAGAGGGGGCCGUCGUGCUUUCACGUCUUUUCGGCGCGCUUUUGACACCAGAGCUCGGCUGUGAAACAAGAGACCCGGCUGCUGCUGGUAGCUGUGUGAUGGUGGGAGGAAGGGACGUGUUGGAGAAGCAGUAACCUGUGUUUGUAUCUCUGGCUCCUAUCGUGGUUAACGACCGUUGCCGCUGACAGCUCCGGGGAGGAGGAAGUAACGUCUGUAACGUCUGUAACGUCUGUAACGUCUGUAACGUCUGCUCGCUCCGUCCGUGAAAUAAACGUGCGGAGUAAUGAGAGAGGAGGAGUGAAAGAAAGCAGGUGUCCCAGCAGAACAUUGGCAGACAAGUGGGAGGCCAGGCGAGAAUGCUCGAGGCGGAUGCAGACCCGGCAGGUCAAACGGCGGAGGGUGAAGGAGAGGAAGAGAUGGGGAGCAGAGACUUGAACGCCGAGGUGGUGCGGCUGACCCUGGAGCUCCAGGAGGCCACAGAGGAGAAGCUACAGGCAGCGCGCUAUGGCCUCGUGGUGUUGGAGGAGAGCGCAGCUCUCAAGAUGAAACACAGGCAGCUGGAAGAGGAGCACGAAGUCCUCAAAGGGGAGCUACAGCAGCUCAAAGAGGCAUUUGCAGAUUCUGUGAGCAGCCAGAAACGUGCAGCUGCUGACGGAGAAUGCCGGGAGGAGAGCUUGCUGCAAGAGACAGCCACUAAGGAGGCUGCCAUGGCAACCCGCAUGGAGGAAGUCCAGUCAGAGCUCAAGCAGGCACGCCUUGCUCUGGGCAAUGCCCACGCAGAGAUCGAUAGACUGGGGGUGUUCUCCACCCAGCUUAAGAAGGAGUGUGAGUGUCUGGAGGCAGAAAAGGGCCAUCUGAGGGAUGAGAUGAAGGAAUAUAAGAUCCGUGAAUCACGCCAGUUGCAAGACAAUAGUGAGCUAGAAGACGAGAACAUCUCUCUGCAAAAACAAGUAUCUGUGCUCAAGGAAAACCAGGUCGAGUUUGAGUCGAUAAAGCUGGAGCUGACCCAGAAGAACGAGGAGCAGGAGGAGAUGCGAGCUCAGCUGGACGAGGCGGCGAGGCUGAAGGAGAUCGCAGAGAGGCAGCUGGAUGAGGCCCUGGAAGCCCUGAAGGAGGAGAGGGAGCAGAAGAACAGUCUGCGGCGAGAGCUCUCCGCCCUGACCCUUAACCCCUUUGAUUCUGUGGGGAACCUGGAGCUCCACUUGGAGCAGCUGGACGACAGUCAGGAGGAGGGCCAGGGGGGAGAGGGAGGAGUUGAGGGAGAGGGAGAGGACCAGGACAGUGGCUUUAAUAAUGGUCCUGGGUCCGCUCCCGGUUCUGCUCACCCUCCUCACUUGGGGGGCUCCAAAAGUAACGGCCUCAUCCAUCGCUACUCCACUCCACGCAACAGUGACGUGUUCCUGCGUGCUCCAGCCUCUGGGCUGGUGUCAGACCUGCUGAGUGAGCUACACUUUUCAGACAGUCAGAAACUUAAACAACAACUCCUACAGGCAGAACGAGAGAAGUCCAGUCUGGUUUCCAAGGUGGAGGAACUGCAGAUGCAACUUGUCAUGUCCAAACAGGCACUCAGUCAACAAGAGGAUAAGGUUGGAUCUCUCACCCAGCAACUGGAAGCUGUGCACAGCAGCCAGAAGCACAACCAAGAGGGAGACAACAGAGGAGACGACGAGAACGGAGAUGGGAAUGAGGUCUUUGACUAUGAGGUAGACACCAAGAGCAAGGAGGUGCUGGAGGCGCGCAUGCGAUCAGCCAGCGAAGAGCUUCUGAAGCUGCGAGAUGAACUGUCUCAGGCAGGAACUCGUUACAACACCCUGGAGCAACGUUACAAACAGGAGAAGGAUCGAUGGAGGGCGGAGGCCCAGGAGCUGGCCGACAAGAUCCGUCAGUGCAUCAAGUCCAGCAAGCAGGACCAGGAGCGCAUCAGUGAGCUGGAGAAGGAGAUCGGAGCCACGCGGAAAGUGGCAAACGAUUCAGAAGGGCACUUGACCGUCGCCCAGGAAGAGCUGCUGGCUUUCUCUGAGGAGCUGUCCAACCUCUAUCACCACAUCUGUGUGUGCAACAACCUAACACCCAAACGAGUCACCCUGGACUAUUACCGCGAUGGUGCCAGGUCAGGUGCCGGAGGUAGCGCGCGUAGGUACGUCUUCCCCCAGCACAACUCCCAGAAGAAGCCACGAGCCAACGACAUGUUUGGCUCCAAAGCCUCAGCGUUGCAGUUCAUGGGGGAGGUGGACAGUGCAGGAACCAGCACAGAGUCUCCCAACUGCCCUGGAUCGCCCACCCUGGAUUUCAGGGACCCUUCCAAUGUCCGCAACUUGGUAGCAGUCAUCCGUUGCCAGAUCAAACAUCUCCGGGUGGCGGUGGACCUCUGCCGUCAGAGGGGCGCGAUGCCGUACUCGGGGCUGAGCUGCAGCGGAGAGUCGGAGCGGGACGCCGAGAGCCUCUUGGAAGAAGUACUAAAACUCAAGUCCCUCCUCAGCACCAAGAGAGAACAGAUUGCUACUCUCAGGACUGUCCUCAAGGCUAACAAGCAGACUGCAGAGUUGGCUCUGUCCAAUCUGAAAACCAAGUAUGAGACGGAGAAGAGCAUGGUGUCGGAGACCAUGAUGAAACUGCGGAAUGAGCUCAAGGCCUUGAAGGAGGACGCUGCCACCUUUUCCUCACUCCGAGUCAUGUUCGCUAGUCGGUGUGACCAGUAUGUCACUCAGUUGGACGAGAUGCAGAGGCAGCUGGCAGCCGCCGAGGACGAGAAGAAGACACUAAACUCUCUGCUGCGCAUGGCCAUACAGCAGAAACUGGCUCUCACUCAGCGUCUGGAGGACCUGGAGGCCCCUCUGUCUCCCCACAGCUUGAACAGCAGCCCCCGUCGAUCCAGGGCCAAAGAGCUGGCCACCAAGUCAGGCCGGGCUCCGCGGAGCCCACGAAGCAGUCCUGCACGCCCCCCAGUGAGGAGCAGUCCGCGGGCAAGUCCGGUUCUCGGCAGCAGCGUUCCCACGAUGGCCACGCACCACCUGCGAAGUCUAACCCGAAGCCUCCACACGAGCCCCCGCUGAAACACUCCUUCCAUUACUCCAAACUCCCUUUUCUCCAUAAGGACCUGUCUUCAUGUCGAUUCCCACGGCUCCCUCCUCUUUUCCUGACUCCAAGACAUCCUGUGUUCAUCCCAGAUCCGAUGCAACAUUCCCCACUCUACCCACCAGAAACAUGGAUUUAAAAAACGUUAAAAAAAAAAAUAAAAAAAAUAAGUUUAAAGAAAAAAAAAAAUCUCUCAUCCAGCCCUCUCCGUCUUCUCUGCUCGGGGGCAGAGAAACCUGCAUGCAGCCUGGAGAAAGGAUGAAGAGACAAAUGUGCUGCUCAUUGCUCUGUGAAGUCAUUGACUGUGUCUUGUCCCAAGUGGAUCCAACUUCCAUCUGGUCUUGUUCAAGGCUGUGUGUUGUGGUGAACCAUUGACAGUAUUUAUUUCCAGAACGUCAGACUUUUCAUGUACAGUGUUUCCUGUCCUCCAACUGACUCAGCAAGGCUAUGAUCUGUUUUAAGGCUGUAUGACUCUCUCUCUCUACACUCUUGCCUUUUGUCUGACAUUCUGGUCAGGCCCGUCUGGCGUCUUUUAGUGUCUGUAAACCAGUAGAUCAUCCGUGGUAGCUCUCCCAGGUAGUUGUUUUUAUAGAACAAUGCAGCCUUACUAACCAGAAUUGCUAAGUAGAGAGCUUGCUAUUGUCUCGAGGUCUCUCCCUCUCACCUACAAUCACAAGCUCCUCUUUUCUUUUUUUAUCCUUUGAUGUGUCUGGCUCAGCCACACCCUUUAAACUUUAAAGGUCAGUAAGACAUGCCACUUCAUUGAUGGAAACAGAUCAGCCAUAAAAGUUCACCACCUCAGGUCAAACACCGAGCGAUCAGAUUCAAAAGAUUCGGGAGAUCUUUUUAAUUGUGCGUCUUACUUUGGAAACUAUGCAGACCAAGUCAAGACAGUGCCUGUGUCAUUCCUGCUGUUCUUUAGGAUUCGGGUGGCGGGGGUUUGAAACUUACAUUCACUUUCAUGAAACAGCAGUUGCCUGCAGCUAUUUUUACAACAGCCAUUUAGCAUCUUUCACAACGAGCAGCUUUUUGAAGUGGGGUGUUAAGCAGCACGCGUGCCAGCAUCCCAUCAGGCUAAGCUGUUUGUUGGGCUGUCGGGUUUUAAUAGACACUGUCUCACAUCACUCUUGGUUGGCUUGGUUUACCUGAAAACAAAUACUAACACCUUGUUGUUACAUGAUGCUAAUUUCUCUUGACAACAGCUCCCACUCAGCUUCUGCUUUUUUUUGUUUUCUCUCACUCAUUCGAACGGCUAAACUAAAAUCAUGUUUUCUAUUUCACCAUUUCACGUGACCAUGCUUUUGUGUGCUACCAAAGUAAGCAUGUUGUAAUGAAGUACUCACAGCGACCUAUAGUCGUCUCUCCCGUGGCUCCAGCUUCCUUUUUGUUUUUAGUCGGGAAUGUUUAAUUGUGCUAACAGGGACACUGAUAGGGUUGCUGCUUGUAGAAAAAUGAAGUAAUAAUAAUAAUAAUAACGUCCCGUAAUUUCAAAUAACUACACAGUGCUUUACUUUGAUAAAUAUAUCAUGACUUAAGACAAAGAUUGCAAAACUAAAAUAUUUCCAAGUGACGAUGCUUUGCAUUGCAAAGAAAAACACACGUAUGUAUCUGUUAAUCCUUAACGUGGAUUGCUUCUAGAGUUAGACGUCAGAGCUGCGAUUCGAAGACAGCAGCAGCACAUUGUUAACACUGGCACUGUGACACCACCUCGUCUCAUUAAAUGCAGUUUAAAUUCAAAUUGAAUUGACCUGAUGAGACCAGUCGUGAUUCUUUUUUUUUUGUUUGUUUUUUUUAGACCACAUUUGGAAACUGCUGUUUUAACAAAUGAGAAAUUAAUUAAUGCAAGAAAAUAUCGAAAGCUCGACGUACCCGUGGUUUAGUAGAAGACGCCACAUCCUGCUGAUUGACUUCUUGUUUUAGUGCCUUGGUUUUGAUCUUAUGUUUGUUUUUAGACUACAUUACAUAUUCUAAAAUAGAGGCUACUAUCCAACACUGUAGUUGUAAUGUUUUUGAAGGUAUGUCUUACGCAUUAAGCAGUUUUAGCACUGAUUUUUUUUUUUUAAAUAUCUCAUGCUGGUAAAUUAUUUUCACUUUUUAGCAAGCAUGCCGCGAGUUACUGUAUAAAGAUUGUGAAUGCAGGAAAACAAUGUUUCAAAAACAGAGAUUAAAUGUUACAAAAAGGUUUUUUCGAAAGUGAUAACCAGUUUUUUCGGAGCUGCUCAUGAACUACUGCUAAAAAGUGGAAAUGCUUUAACAUUAUGUUAUAUUGCUUUGAAGGUUGUAAAUGGAUUUCUUAAUCUAUUUAAUUCACUCUUGUUUUAAUUUAAUGACCAUUGUUGUAUAAUAUUUUAACUGUAUUUAUGUGGUCUGCAUUCUGUGUAAAUUGCUCUUGGGGAUGAUAUGCACACACGCUCAUUGUAACGCAUUUGAUUGGUCCUCAACUUUUUAUGUGUAUGCAAGCUCCUUUCAUUGACCUGUGAACCACUUUUAUCAUGAAGAAUAAAAACAAGCCAACACUGU